GGCGGGCCGCGCCGGGCGGAGCCGGGGCCCUGGCCUCAGCCGGACUGGGAGUCCGAGGCGGCGAUCGCCGAACAGGCGGCAGCCGGGGUCCGGGCUCGCUCCGAGGGCGCGGCGAGGCGGAGGGGGCGGGCACCGGGCGGAGCCGGAGCCGGAGUCGCGGUGCCUGGAGGAGAUCGGGCCGCGCGCUGCGAGCACAAAGUAGCGGAGAGGCCGCGCGGCGUGGGCCAGGGCCCGAGCGCAGUCCCCGGACGCAGGAGGCCGGAGCGCAGUCGCGGCCUGAGCGGCGGGAGCGCAUCCGGGACCCGCCGCAGGGACCCCCAGACCGGCCGCUCCCGGGCCAUGCGCGCCGCUCGCUGAGACCCGGGGAGGCCGCGAUGGAGGCGCCAGCGGGAGAGUCAUCGGCGCGGGGCUACUGCCCCCCGCCUGCUCCCGCGCCCGCCACGGAAAGGAAGAAGAGCCACCGCGCGCCAUCGCCAGCCCGGCCCAAGGACGUGGCCGGCUGGUCUCUGGCCAAGGGCCGCCGCGGCACAGGCCCGGGCGCCGCUGCAGCCUGUGGCGCCGCGUCCUCGGCGAGGCCGGACAAGAAGGGGCGCACGGUGACGCCUGGAGCCCGGGGCGCGGGGCCGCGGGUAGCCGGGGUGCGCACGGGGGUCCGUGCCAAGGGCCGCCCUCGUCCCGGUACCGGGCCGCGCCCGCCGCCGCCGCCGCCCAGCCUCACCGACAGCAGCUCAGAGGUGUCGGACUGCGCGUCGGAGGAGGCGCGCCUGCUGGGCCUGGAGCUGGCGCUGAGCAGCGACGCCGAAUCUGCGGCGGGUGGCCCGGCGGGGACCCGCACCGGGCAGCCGCCCCAACCCGCACCGUCGGGGCAGCAGCCUCCGCGGCCGCCCGCCUCCCCGGAUGAGCCGUCGGUGGCAGCAUCGUCGGUGGGCAGCAGCCGCCUGCCCCUCAGCGCCUCGCUCGCCUUCUCCGACCUCACCGAGGAGAUGCUGGACUGCGGGACCGGCGGCUUGGUGCGGGAGCUGGAAGAGCUGCGUUCCGAGAACGACUAUCUCAAGGACGAGAUUGAGGAGCUGCGGGCUGAGAUGCUGGAGAUGCGGGAUGUCUACAUGGAGGAAGAUGUGUACCAGCUACAGGAGCUCCGGCAGCAGCUGGACCAAGCCAGCAAGACCUGUCGCAUCCUGCAGUACCGACUGCGUAAAGCCGAGCGCCGCAGCCUCCGCGCGGCCCAGACAGGCCAGGUGGAUGGUGAGCUCAUCCGUGGUCUGGAGCAGGAUGUCAAGGUCUCUAAGGACAUCUCCAUGCGGCUUCAUAAGGAGCUGGAGGUGGUGGAGAAGAAGCGGAUGAGGCUGGAAGAGGAGAACGAGGGGCUUCGGCAGAGGCUCAUCGAGACGGAGCUGGCCAAGCAGGUGCUGCAAACGGAGCUGGAUCGUCCCAGAGAGCACUCCUUGAAGAAAAGAGGAACCCGAUCUCUGGGGAAGACGGACAAGAAGCCCGCUGCACAGGAGGACAGCGCAGAUCUGAAAUGCCAGCUGCAUUUCGCAAAGGAGGAGUCGGCCCUCAUGUGCAAGAAGCUCACCAAGCUGGCCAAGGAGAACGACAGCAUGAAGGAGGAGCUGCUCAAGUACCGCUCCUUGUAUGGAGACCUGGACGCAGCCCUGUCCGCGGAGGAGCUGGCGGAUGCUCCGCACUCCCGCGAGACAGAGCUGAAGGUGCAUCUGAAGCUGGUGGAGGAGGAGGCCAACUUGCUGAGCCGGCGCAUCGUGGAGCUGGAGGUGGAGAACCGGGGCCUCCGGGCCGAGAUGGACGACAUGAAGGACCACGGGGGUGGCGGGGGCCCCGAGGCCCGGUUGGCCUUCUCGGCUCUGGGUGGUGGUGAAUGCGGGGAGAGCCUGGCUGAGUUGCGGCGCCACCUGCAGUUCGUGGAAGAGGAGGCUGAGCUGCUGAGGCGCUCUUCGGCUGAGCUGGAGGACCAGAACAAGUUGCUGCUGAACGAGCUGGCCAAAUACCGCUCCGAGCACGAGCUGGAUGUGACUCUGUCAGAGGACAGCUGCUCGGUGCUCAGCGAGCCCUCGCAGGAGGAGCUGGCGGCCGCCAAACUGCAGAUCGGCGAGCUCAGCGGCAAGGUCAAGAAGCUGCAGUAUGAGAACCGCGUGCUCCUCUCCAACCUGCAGCGCUGCGACCUGGCCUCUUGCCAGAGCACACGCCCCAUGCUGGAGACGGACGCCGAGGCUGGGGACUCUGCGCAGUGCGUGCCCGCUCCCCUGGGCGAGGCGCUGGAGCCCCACACUGCCCGGCUCUGCAGGGCCCGCGAGGCCGAGGCGCUGCCCGGGCUGCGGGAGCAGGCCGCCCUGGUCAGCAAGGCCAUCGACGUCCUGGUGGCUGAUGCCAAUGGCUUCUCGGUUGGCCUCCGGCUGUGCCUGGACAAUGAGUGUGCAGACUUGCGGUUGCACGAGGCACCUGAUAACAGUGAGGGACCCAGGGAUGCCAAGCUCAUCCAUGCCAUCCUGGUGCGGCUGAGCGUGCUGCAGCAGGAACUGAACACUUUCACGCGAAAGGUGGAUGUGGCCUUGGGUAGCUCUGGCAAGGAGCAACCUGAGCCCUUCCCUGCGCUACCCGCCUUGGGCUCCCAGGGGUCCUCUAAGGAGAUCAUGCUGGCCAAAGACCUUGGCUCUGACUUCCAGCCAUCUGACUUCAGAGAGCUGCUGGAAUGGGAGCCCAGGAUCCGGGAGGCCUUCCGUGCUGGUGACUUGGACUCCAAGCCUGAUCCUAGUCGGAACUUCCGGCCUUAUCGAGCUGAAGAUAAUGAUUCCUAUGCCUCUGAGAUCAAAGAGCUUCAACUGGUCCUGGCCGAGGCCCACGACAGCCUCCGGGGCCUGCAGGAGCAGCUGUCCCAGGAGCGGCAGCUCCGGAAGGAGGAGGCAGACAGCUUCAACCAGAAAGUGGUCCAGCUAAAAGAAGACCAGCAGAGGGCGCUGCUGAGGCGGGAGUUCGAGCUCCAGAGUCUGAGCCUCCAAAGGAGGCUGGAGCAGAAGUUCUGGAGCCAGGAGAAGAACAUCCUGGUGCAGGAGUCCCAGCAGUUCAAGCACAACUUCCUGCUGCUCUUCAUGAAGCUCAGGUGGUUCCUGAAGCGCUGGCGGCAGGGCAAGGUCCUGCCCCACGAGGAGGAUGACUUCCUGGAGGUAAACAGCAUGAAGGAGCUGUACCUGCUCAUGGAGGAAGAAGAGAUGAACGCCCAACACUCGGAUAACAAGGCCUGCACAGGGGACAGCUGGACCCAGAACACGCCUAAUGAGUACAUCAAGACCCUGGCUGACAUGAAGGUCACACUGAAGGAGCUGUGCUGGCUGCUCCGGGACGAGCGUCGCGGUCUGACUGAGCUUCAGCAGCAGUUUGCAAAGGCUAAGGCCACGUGGGAGACGGAGCGGGCAGAGCUCAAGGGCCAUGCGUCACAGAUGGAGCUGAAGGCUGGGAAGGGUGCCGGCGAGCGGCCCGGGCCCGACUGGAAGGCUGCGCUGCAGCGGGAGCGGGAAGAGCAGCAGCACCUCCUGGCUGAGUCCUACAGCGCCGUCAUGGAGCUGACGCGGCAGCUGCAGAUCAGCGAGCGCCACUGGAGCCAGGAGAAGCUGCAGCUGGUGGAGCGGCUGCAGGGCGAGAAGCAGCAGGUGGAGCAGCAGGUGAAGGAGCUGCAGAACCGCCUCAGUCAGCUGCAAAAGGCUGCUGAACCCUGGGUCCUGAAGCACUCAGACCUGGAAAAGCAGGACAACAACUGGAAAGAGACACGAAGUGAGAAGAUCCACGACAAGGAGGGUGUUUCUGAAGCUGAACUUGGGGGAACCGGCUUAAAGAGGACCAAAUCGGUUUCCUCCAUGUCUGAGUUUGAAAGCUUGCUUGACUGCUCCCCCUACCUUGCUGGGGGAGAUGCCCGGAACAAGAAGCUGCCCAACAGCCCCCCUUUUGCCUUUGUGAGUACUGAGCCAGUGGAGCCCGAGAAAGAUGCCAAGGAAAAGCCUGGGCUUUCCACCCGGGACUGCGGCCGCAUGGGUUCCCUGGCUUGCCAGGAGCCUGCAGGGAGGCAGAUGCAGCGCAGCUACACUGCUCCAGACAAGACGGGCAUACGAGUCUACUAUAGCCCCCCGGUGGCCCGGCGCCUGGGUGUCCCUGUGGUCCAUGACAAGGAGGGCAAGAUCCUCAUUGAACCGGGCUUCCUCUUCACCACAGCCAAGCCCAAGGAGUCAGCCGAGGCGGAUGGGCUGGCUGAGAGCGCCUACAGCCGGUGGCUUUGCAACUUCUCCCGGCAGCGACUGGAUGGCGGAUCCGGGGGUAACGCCUCGGGUUCCGGAUCUGCUUUCCCCGCAGCCUUGCGUGACUUCGAGAUGUCGGGCAACAUGAGCGACGACAUGAAGGAGAUCACCAACUGUGUGCGGCAGGCCAUGCGCUCUGGCUCCCUGGAGAGGAAGGUGAAGAGCACAUCCAGCCAGACGGUGGGCGUGGCCAGCGUGGGCACGCAGACCAUUCGGACGGUCAGUGUGGGCCUGCAGACUGACCCACCCCGCAGCAGCCUCCAUAGCAAGAGCUGGUCCCCCCGGAGCUCCUCGCUCAUGUCAGUGCGCAGCAAGCAGAUCUCCUCCUCCCUGGACAAGGUCCAUUCGCGCAUCGAGCGGCCAUGCUGCUCGCCUAAGUAUGGCUCCCCCAAGCUCCAGAGGCGAUCAGUGUCCAAGCUGGACAGCACCAAGGACCGCAGCUUGUGGAACCUGCACCAAGGCAAGCAGAACGGCUCGGCCUGGGCCCGCUCCACCACCACACGGGAUAGCCCCGUGCUGAGGAACAUCAACGAUGGGCUGUCCAGCCUCUUCAGCGUGGUGGAGCACUCGGGGAGCACGGAAUCUGUCUGGAAACUGGGCAUGUCUGAGGCCCGAACCAAGCCCGAGCCUCCCAAGUACGGCAUUGUGCAGGAGUUCUUCCGGAACGUGUGUGGCCGGGCCCCGAGCCCCACUACUGCAGCGGGAGAGGAGGGUUCCAAGAAACCAGAGCCUCUUUCUCCUGCCAGCUACCAUCAACCUGAGGGGGUAGCCAGGAUUCUGAAUAAGAAGGCAGCCAAGGCAGGCGGUAGUGAAGAGGUCAGACCCACCAUGCUCUCCCAGGUGGGGAAGGAUGGUGUCCUUCGGGAUGGAGAUGGCGCCUUGAUCCUCUCCAGUGAGGAUGCUGUUUGUGACUGUAGUGCCCAGUCGCUCGCCUCCUGCUUCGUCCGGCCAUCCCGCAACACCCUUCGACACUCUCCUUCCAAGUGCAGGCUGCACCCUUCAGAGUCGGGCUGGGGCGGGGAGGAGAGGGCGGCCCCGCAGUGAGUCCCAGGGCAUCUAAGCUCCCGCCUCAAGCAGCCCAGACCCUGGAGAUGAGACAAGGGGUCACGUCCUCAGCCUCACUCUGCCCAGGAGGAACAGCAGCUGUACCACUGCCAGAGAAGAGCUUUUCAAGGUAAAGCAGGGUGUCCCGUUGACUGCUGGGAGGUGACCUCUGAUUUCCAGGGGAAGGCAGUGAGCAGGAGAAAGACCAAACCUGGGUGAUCAGGACUCGGAGCCUCAAAAGCACCUGAAGAGCUCCACAAGUCAUCUCUGGAUCCUAAAGGGGGCCUGGUACCACCCACACCGCUUCUUAGAAGGAUCUAGAAAAGGAGGGAUUUCUGGCCAGGAAUGGGGCUCACAGAGAUGGGCCCUACCUGACCACAUGCGGAGAAGCCACCGAGAAGACUGGGUUUUGCUUAGGGCCCAGCUUGCCGCUCCUGAGGAGUGGGUGGGCUGGGCGGCGUCACCAUCACUUCUUGCUUCCUCCUCCCAGCUCUGCUGAUCCGGUUGCUAGGCCUUCUUGGAGCAGGGAAGGGGGAUAUGAUAGAGCAGAAGCCAGGGCCAAGUACACUUGGAACCCUGGAGCCCUGGAUCCCCCUCCUGUACCCACGUGUAACAAGAACUGGGAGGCAGGGAGGAGUGUGUAAGGUUCAGAAUUGGAGGCCAGAAGAACUGGCUCCCUUGUCAAGGUGACUUGAAAACCCGACUUUCAUAGGAGACUCCAUGAGAACAGAAAUGGGUAGAGGGUCCAUCUUAACACCUGACGCAGAGGUAAAAGCCUACAUGGCAUGCCUUGAUCCCUAGGGCCCCUUUCUUGGUAGCAGGAAUGGGUGCCACAAUCCUGCAGCAAGUCGGGGGCAGCAAUGCUCCCUGGGAGAGACUCUUGGUCAGGUCAGGCCAGAGAAAAGCGCCAAAAGACAAGGGCCUACAAACAUUUCUUGCCUAGGUUGUUUAUUUGAAUUUUUCAUACUAUAAAUAUUUAAGGUGAUUUACUUUAUUUUAAUAAUUUAACUUACCAGCCCCCCCCCCAAGCCCUUAAGGUAAUUUAUUAGAGGUUUUCUUGCCGCUGGGACAAUGUGGGGCUUGUGACACCGUGGAGUCCCCCACGUAGCUGAGGAUGCUCAGCACCAGGCUCAGAUGGCCUGGUUUCGUCAGAAGGGCCCUUGGCAGACCUGGGGCUCUGCACCUUGUGACCCCAGUGCCACUGGCCAUUUAGUCUCAGAUCACUACAUUUUACUCAUCACCUGGUACUUGGCCUGGCCUCUACAGGCCAGACUGUAAAUACUUCAGACAAAGCGUAGGCCAGAAUGAUGUCACCACUCCCCAGACAUCUUCCGUGAUCCUUCUUCUCACCCCUCCCAUCCCUCCAACACCUUUUCUCCCGAGUCCAACAUAGAUGACCGGAGCUGCGAGCACAGCGACCCUCCACGUUCGCCACGUGGGGCCUCACAGGAAAACAGGAUGGACUUGUAGAAUGUUGUCUACCGCAGCUUUGCACAUGGAUCUGAGAGUGUCUACCAGCCCUUCUCUUAGCCUUAUAGCCACUCGCGGCUCUUCUUCUAGCCCCAGCUCCACUGCCUGCCCCUUCCUGCGCCCCUAGGAGUCGCCUGAGCCACACCAGUGUAACUCAGACCACAGUAUCGGGAGCUCACGUGCUUCCCCUUGGUGCCAAUGAACCAAUUUCAGUUGUGCUCGGGAUGUGCUGCCCUCCAGUUCCUGGCUGGGGAUCUGGACUCAUCUAAGGAUGGAUUGGCGUCGUGCCGAGUUCCCCACCAGGAAGGCAGAGAGCCAGCUGCACAGCGAGUUUCCUCCAGACGAGGGAGAUGCCUCCGCGCUCCCACCUACCAGUUGCCAGGCUACCUUUUUUGGGGACACCUGGAACAGUUACCCAAAGCCCCACGACCCCAUUCCCUAUGGGCAGUAUACCAGGGUCAGUCCACCCCACCAGCUGUUGCCUCGUGUCCUAGUGACUUGCAUGGGCAGAGUCAGCAGGCCAGUGGACCUUGGGCCAGGUCCCUCCAGGAUGCUACUGCUCUCCUCCAAGAGGUCAGAGGCCCCUCUAAGGUUAUCUCCAGCUGAGGGGACCACGCCAGGCCACAAGCCACCAGAGGCCUUCUGCCACCUCCCAGAGCUGCUGAGAGCCAGGGAGGCUUGAAGAAAAGUCCCCAUAGACCUGAACCCCAGGGCUUAGGGGCCACUCAGCCUUACCAUCGUCUCCCAUCUGGGUCGUUUUGCGUUUCCGCUGUCUCAGCACCUGUCUCUCCCCUCCCUCCCCCCGCCCCCCCCCCCGUGGCCCCCAGCAGGUGUUACAAGCUCCAAGUCUUGGUUUUCAGUCCCUGUUUCUAACUCUUGCUUUGCCACUGUGCAAGGUCCUUGUCACUGUCCCCAUAGAAGCCCCUGGACAUAGGGCUUGAUGGGGUUGAACAUGUUACAUGUAAAUAUUGGUUUGAUUUGAUCUUUAGCAUUUUACUUGGUAACUGGUUCUGUUUUCUUUUUUGGGGGGUGGAAGGGUUGGUAUGUAAAUCUCUCUACUCUUUCAAAAUGUAAUUUCUAAGUUUGUUUGUUUCUUCAAAUGCCUUUUAUGUCUUGGUAACAUUCCCAAAGCAGAAAACUGCCUGGCCUACAUGGGGCACUCCCCUGGAGGCCUGGGGUCAUGGGAAGGAGCACUGCCCUUCCUCCCAAUCCAUCCUCUUUCUGUCCACCUCCGCCUUUCUCCUCCUUUUCCUUCAGCCCUCUACCUCCUUUUUCCCCAUCUCUCUUUCUCUCUUAGCCAAUGUCCCAAGGAACCUUGGGGUCCCCGUCCUCUAAUAGAUUGCCUGGCUUGAGCCCAUAGGGUUGACACACAUUGGCUGGGGGCAUGAGGGUGAGUUACAUAAUUGAAACUAAGCUAGGUCUCACCUUUUCCCAGGGCUAAACCAAAUUAGACCACCUUGGAGACAAUUGUGAAGGGUUUUGAAAUGAAAUUCAGAGCCCUUGGGACCCCCUGACUGAACAAGGCAUCAGAAUCCUUUUCCUUUGCUCUGUAGCCUUCCUUCCAGUCCUUAUCCAACCAAGGCUUGUUCUCAAAUCGGGCCCUAUCUCUUGGCCUCUCCAGGGAUAGUCAUCUACCAGCUGGCCUCCAGGUGACAAAAAUAAGUCCUCCAAAGACUUGGCCUUCUGGAUACCACUAUACCACUCUGUGAACCUUUCAUGGAUAUAUCCAUCACUCAGCUCACUCAGCUUUAUCUUUUGCCCCAAGACCACCAGGCUCUUCCUCUUCCCCACCCACCCAGAACGGAUCCAGUUCCAGACUAACUGUCCACCAGCUCCCUCUUGUCGUAACAGUCACCCCUCACACCGUCCUCCCUGGAGUACGUCACUGUUUCGAAGUCACAUCCUCAAACCCCUCUCCUCAGGUCUCUCAAGGGCAACUCUCAAGAGGCGGUUUUGACAAGACAGGGCUUAAUGCUUCUUCUGCCAGUGAGAAAACAGAUAAAGUUCUCAUACCGGAGCCUGGAGCCAGGAAGUCAUCACUUUUACAGCUGGACUCUUUCUGUACAAACUCACUGGGACGCUGGCUAGAUUCAGGGCAUCCCAAAUUUGCCACUGCCAAACCCAGAGGAAAGACUUGCAACUCUCUAGACCUUUGUGUUCCAGAGGGUAUCCAGGGACCUGCUACAUCUGAACCUCUGAGAGCAUGUUCAAAGUGCAGAUUCCUAGGCCUGACCAUAACCGUCUGGACAGAGGACCUUCGGGUUUAGCUCUGGGGGAGAUCCUUAAGGACCAGUGACCACAGCGUUUACAUCCACAGGUCCGGCCAUUCGUGGCUCUUGCAUUGUGAGCCAGUGCUCGUGGUGUGGGCUCUUGACAAGAGCCCUGAGCGUUAAGCUGGGAUAUUGAGGGUGUGUGUGUGUGUGUGUGUGUGUGUGUGUGUGUGUGUGUGUAUGUGUGUGUUGGGGGGGGUUCCUCAAGGAUUCCCAAAGGGCACCCAAACCAGUCUUCCACCUUAGGCAGAUGUUUCAUAAAAUAACAAAGCCAGAAAGUUGAGGCUGAUGGCACAGCCCUUUAAUCCCAGCUACUCAGGAGGCUGAAACAGGAUUGGGUCAAGUUCAAAUCCUGUUUGGGCUACAGUUCAUGGUCAGUCUGGGCAGUUUUCUGAGGUCUUGUCUCAAAAUAAGGAUUUUAGAAAGUGCUAUGUAGCUCAGUGGUAGACACUUACUCCACAUGUGUAAGGCCCUGGGUUCUUUCCCUAGUAUUGGAAGAUAAAGAAAACUAGAAAAUCAAAGGGUGAGGAGGACUGGAGACAUAUAUCUCAGUAGUAGAGCACUUGCCCAGCAUAUGAAAAAGGGAAAAACAAUCUUUCCCCAGUCUACCCGCUAUCAUCCCCGUAAUUACACGAUUUAAAUUGUACACCCCCCACCCCCACCCCCCGCUUUUUGUUUGUCUGUUUUUGUUUUUAGACAAGACUGUGCUAUGUAUCCCUGGCAAAUCUGGAAAUUGCUAUGUAGACCUUAAACAUGGUAAUUCUGCCUCUGCCUCCCCAAGUUUAAUUAAUUAAUUAAUAAUUAAUAGCCAUAUACCAUCAUACACAGCCUGAAACAUCAUUCUUGAGUUUCCUGGCAGCCACGGUAAGAGAAGAAGCAUAUCAGGUUAUUAUCGUUUCCGGCAGUCAGUCAUGUGAGCGAUCAGUCAUGUGAGCAAUGAGCAUAUAAUGCUCUGAGAGACAAGCUAAUGUGGAGCAUGAGUUCUUUCCUCAAAGACUGAGGAGCUGGUUGGUGUUUUAUCAAUAAAGCAUGUUUCCCAGGUGACUAUAAAAUAAUAAACUGCCACCAGCUUGAAUGACCUUGGCCAAAUCACAUAGCUAGUCCGUGCUUCAGUUUCCCCAGCUGUAAAGUGGUGGCUGUGGUAAUGACCAAAUGCACCAUGCCUGUUCAUCUCCCAAGAAAAGCUGAAGUUCUAUACCAAUCUGAAUUAUAUCUGACCGCACUUGUUAUAGCCAUCGAGCCCCUCAGUGCCCUGGCUCCAGUGGUGGCACGUACCGCCUUCUCUCAUUGGCCUUAAAAUAAAUAGAAGGGGACCACAGGAGAAUCUCAACUAACCCGCUCACAUUUUAAAACGCUGUUGUAGUCCUUUUAAGUGUGUUUGUGUGGUGUGUGUGUGUGCGCGCGCGCGCGCGUGUGCGUAUGCAUGUGUGUGUGUGUGUGUGUGUAUGUGUGUGUGCUGGGAAUGAGACUGAGCAUGUGAGACAAGCACUUUACCACUCCGCUACAUCUUCAACACCUAAGAGGCUAAGGAUGAACUUGAACUCCAGGUCCCCCCCCGUCCCCCCCCCCCCCCCCCCCCCCCCCCCCCGGCAUUUGCCACAACCCCUGGCCUUAAGUGUCUUUUGUGAACAUUCACAAUAUUGUGUCACCAGUACUAUUCCCAGAACUUUUUCUUGGCCCGGGACUGAAACUGCAUCCCCUCAUAAUAAUUAAUAACUGACCCCUAAACAAUAAUCCCUGCCCCUGCCCCAGGGCUGGAUGACCUCUGCUCUCCUUCCUUCCUCUUUGCACUGGCCUGUUUUAGGUAUGUGUGUAGACAGAACCCAGCGUUUGUACAUCAUGUUUCCCCCCUGCGUGUUUUACACGUUGAGAAGGGAGUGGCCUGCCCAAGGCCUCGCAGCAAGGCAGAGGCACAGCCACCAGCGCAUCCAGGGCUCCUGACUCCCGGAAGAGUCCACACAUAGUGCAUGAAGCAUGCUGGGGGGGGGGGGGCUCGGCUGACUCCCCGUCUUCCCACCUCACACCCACCCCUCCAUCAUCAUCCAGAGCUUCCCCACAUCGCUUCCACUUCUUAGCUGGUUUCUGCCACCCGGUGAAGCAAUCCUAACCUAGAACCAGGUUUUCUUCUCUGGGACCCUGGGAUUUCUGUAGCACCAGCGCUCAGCCCUCCUUUAUCCUCUGGUACACUCUUCCCUCUUUUGUAUGGACUUUUGUCUGACCUGGAAAUCCCCUCCCUGUCCCUACAAACUCACAUCCUCACCCCCAUCAGGGGAUUGCCCUGUCCAGUUUUUCUUCCAAUUCCAAGGUUUUCUCUCAGAUCUGGAAUUAUCCAGUCUUGUGUUUAUUUUGUAUUUUUUCCUCACUAGAGGCAUCCCCUUUGUUCCGUGCAUCAUGCAAUGCCACCUCUUCCCACCCUCCUCAUCAGACUCACCCCAGCCCAGAACACCCCCAGUCCCAUCCCACUCUCUGGCUCCCCUCUUCCCUGCUCCUCCCAGUAGCAGCCAGGUCACCUUCCUCUGGGAGGAUGCAUAGUGGACACGGACCCAAUGUUCACUUUUAGGUCUUUUCUUCCCUCUCCCCACUCUUGGUGGCCUUGGUAUAAAGCAGAAAGUUGACUUCUCUUUCUUUGGUUUUGUGUCCCUCUGUCCAUCCUGUCUGUUCUCCCUAGCCUUCACCUCCCAGCUCAUCUUGGCAGAACCUUGCCCUUUUGAACCAACAGCAUUUGCAGUUUGCAGAAUCCACAGACCCAUGAAAGGGGACCGAGGGCAUGAUCCUGGGCCACCGUCCCUGCUCAGGGCUCCUCUACUAUCUGACCACUUUCCUUCCUCACCCUCCUGGGAACCUUCUCUUCCCUUUGUCUACCCCAUUGAUUCUGUGCCCACCCCUUUUCCUACCCUUCACCAGCUCCCUGGACCUUAGGGAAGAUUCUUCGGUUUCCUCUGAAAAUCCUGGAAGACUGAGGCAGUCAGAGUCUGGAUUACUUGUCACACCACAUCCAAAGCCACUGUUGCCACUUCUAUCAAGAGAGACCUCAGCUGGCAGUCUGGAAACCUAUCCCAAGUUUUAUGGUCCUCCCAGGAGCACCAGGAUGACCCUAUGGGCUUCAAACAUCCUUUGCAUUUUGGGGUCCUGCAGCCUCCACUGGAUCCUCUGGGCCCUGGCACCCCGGCUCUUCUCUUGGCUCUGCCAUUGAUCUCUGUGCCUUAUUUUACUUCUCUGCACAGGGGGGGGCUCACCCACCACAACAUCAUUCCUAGCAUCUGUCUAGAUCUUUUGGACCUCUGCAGCUGAGCCUUGCCAACAUGGCUUGCCUUAGGAGUACCAGGUUGCCAAGGCAACUGGGGGCAUCACUGGAGACUAGUGUCUCUCAAACUCUCUCCCAGCAGUAGAGCCCUCACCAGCAAGGUUGACAGAAGUAAGUGCAGAUUGUUGGCCCCAUCCAAGACCCGCUGGAGCCAGUCCAGCCAGCUGGGGUUUGAAAGGGCCUCCAGGUCAUUCCGAUGUAGACAAGUUUGCCAACAACGUUGUCCCAGACAGCCGUCCACUCAGCUCAGGCAGUAAUUGGGCCUGGCCUGGGCCAAGAACAAUGGAAAACAACCUGAACUCUAGAUUCAGGGCCUCAGCCCAUCCACCACCCACCCCCACCCUAACCAAACAUCACUGUAGCAUCUCCUAUUUUUGGAAGCUGGGGUGGGGAGACAGCCCUGCAGCUUUCCUAUUACCUCCUUGGUUCCAUUUCCGCCCAGCUCACCAUCCCCCACUAAUUUGGAUUUUGAGGAAAUCUGCGUAGGAGGUCACAGAGGCAGGAGGCAAAAAGAACCCUUUUUUGUUUUUCCCCUGGAAUCCUCACCAUUGCCAGAGGGGAAAAACCUGCUGCAAGAAGAGACUCCCCAGCCCCCUCCCCAUCAGCAAGCACUCCCACACCACAUCCUUCUCCUCCCAGUCCCAGGGAGGCCUGUAGACAGUGCCAAAACCCAGCUCCAGACCCCAGCACCUGGGAAAGAGCUAGAAACUGCCUCUCCUCCUCACCCUGCCUCCCCUCCCCCAUCUGGCCAAUACUGUGAAGCCCCUUCCUGCUCAUCCCAGUUUCCUGGGGAGGGUCCUACAGUCGUGGGCCCUGGGGGACCCCUCAGGAGGGAAGGGACCAAGGGCAUCCUUGGGCCAACUAUCCACCUCCCCCUUCCACUAUUCUCCUCUCCUCCUCCUCCUCCUCCUCUUCCUCCUUCCAUUACCCCCAUCCCCCUUUCUGUCUUUAAAGGCUCCUUCCUGGGAUGGAUUGGGUGACAGAGAACAGCAGUCUAGUCCACCAGCUCUCCUCGCCCUGUGUCUUAUUUCAGACAUGAGAACUGUACAGUGUAAACUUACAAAGUGUUUUUAAUGGUUGUAGAUUGGAAAUAAAGUAUGUCAUAUAAACAUU